AUGUCUCAUACACCAGAGCUUAGUUCUGAAAAUGUUUGGUUCUUGUGUUACAGCACCAACUUUGUCCAAAAAAUGACCAGACAUUCUUUUUUCCUAGUUAGUGUACAUCAAUUCUCAACAUACUCCAACUGUGGCUCCAAUGAAGCCAAUCUCAAUUGUCCCCUACAACAGGAACACUAUGAUGCCCGGGAUUGCACACAGAAGGAUUGGGAGACUCAUAAAAACCAGUUGACCCAGCAGAAGAUUGCUGUGGAUGCCUUGAAGCAAACUGUAACUAUUUUGUAUUGGAAGAAUGAUAGCAUAAAAUCACUGAAUAGCUUGCACAAGUCUGCCUCGAUGUAUAUGCAAUGCUCUUUCUCCCACAAUGCCCAUGUGAUACCUUUCCUCAUCUGUAAGCAUGUGGGUCAAAAAGUCAUGUAUAUACACUUGGCAAGUGCCACUCAUGUUGCUCAACUUUCAAGUCAGUCAAAAUAUAAUGUGAACUUGUCAAAAUAA